AUGAAGCACUGCAGUACGUGUUUGAUGCUGCUUCCUCCUGCCAUCAUCCCUAAACCCCAACCCCCUCAUAUCAUACAUCACCAUCAUCCCCUACAGUCCCACCCCUACAUCACCAUCAUCCCCUACAGUCCCACCCCCUACAUCAUCAUCAUCCCUACAGUCCCACCCCUACAUCACCAUCAUCCCUACAGUCCACCCCCCUACUUCACCAUCAUCCCUACAGUCCCACCCCUACAUCACCACCAUCCCCUACAGUCCCACCCCUACAUCACCAUCAUCCCUACAGUUCCACCCCUACAUCACCAUCAUCCCUACAGUCCCACCCCCUACAUCACCAUCAUCCCUACAGUCCCACCCCCUACAUCACCAUCAUCCCUACAGUCCCACCCCCUACAUCACCAUCAUCCCUACAGUCCCACCCCCUACAUCACCACCAUCAUCCCUACAGUCCCACCCCCUACAUCACCACCACCAGUCAUCCCUACAGUCCCACCCCCCCUACAGCACCAUACAUCACCAUCAUCCCUACAGUUCCCACCCCCAGUACAUCACCAUCAUCCCAACAGUCUCACCCCCCCUACAUCACCAUCAUCAUCCCUACAGUCCCACCCCCUACAUCAUCAUCCCCUACAGUCCCACCUCCUACAUCACCACCAUCCCUACAGUCCCAUCCCCUACAUCACCAUCAUCCCUACAGUCCCAUCCCCUACAUCACCAUCAUCCCUACAGUCCCACCCCUACAUCACCAUCAUCCCUACAUUACAAUAG